CGCACCCCGCGCGCGCGCGCGUCUGGGUCGAAGAGCGGCUCCUGGGGUCUCCUUUGCAAAUGGGCUCCGUGGCCUAGCGCCCCCGUCCCCGCCACCCGUGACCGCGCGCCGAGGCCCGCGAAGGGCCGCCGCCGAGGUGAGGGCCGCAGCCGAGGGCGGCUGCCCCCCAGCCCGGCCGGACCAUGGCGGCCAUCCCCUCCGGCGGCUCGCUCGUGGCCACCCACGACUACUACCGGCGCCGCCUGGGCUCCGCUUCCAGCAGCAGCUCGUGCGGGAGCGCCGAGGGCCCCGGGGAAGCCAUCCCCCACCCCCCGGGUCUGCCCAAGGCCGACCCAGGUCACUGGUGGGCGAGCUUCUUUUUCGGGAAGUCCACUCUCCCGUUCAUGACCACGGUCGUGGAGUCCCCGGAGCACUCGGAAGCCCCCCAGGCCUCCAGGAGCGCGACCACCUGCGGCCUGGCCCCAGCAGCCGGGAGGACGCAGCCCUGCAGCCCACCUGGCACAGCUGGGCCCCCGCCCUGAUCGCCGCCCCCAGCCGGGGCUGGGCUGCAGGGCCCUGCCCGCCCUAGACCAGGCUGCCUGAGCAGGAAGGAAGUUGGGUUCUUUGGUGGCAACACCGCAGACACCAGCCGGAAGUCGGCAAGCCCUGCUCUCUGCUGUCCCAGCAUACACGAGCUUCCUGGCACCCUAACUCCUUGCCUCGCACCAAGUGGAAAAUAAACCCUAAGCAGUCAGCA